UUUCAGUUCACAAUGCUUCGUAUAAUUUUCUUAAUAUUUGCUUAUUUCACGAAAAUCGCACUUGCAGCGAAUAUUUUAGUUGUUGGAAUGCCAAAUGGCAAAAGUCACAUCAGCUCGAUGCUUCCACUUUUGCGUGAAUUAGCACAAAUUUUUCGCGAUGCAUCUAAGAGCUGCGAUUAUGUUAUUCGAGAACAUGCUGAUGAAUAUCAGAGGAUUGCUUCUUAUCCGUGGGAUUUAAUUUUAACCGAUUCAUUGUUUGCAGUAUGUGGAUAUGGAUUAGCCUCAUUAUCGAAAGCUCAUCAUGUUAUUAUGCAUACUUCAAGUAUGGAAGGAUUUUAUGCUCUUGCCAAGGCUUUAGGCAGGCAACACGCAGCUGCUCCUCCGUUUUUCAUGGAUUCUUGGCACUCAGAGUUUCACGUAGAUCAUUUUUUUGAUCGCUUAAACGCAAUCAAAGAAAUAAUAACGUCGUGGUUGAUGUGGAACACGUUUAUUAAUUACUAUACAAAGCGAUCUUUAGCAUCGAUUGCACCAAAUUUUGAUUUUUCAGUAUAUUCGAGAACUAACUCAAUGAGUUUUACCGAUAUGCCACUGAAGUUUUACGUAUCCGAACCGAUAAGUAAUGAACUGUUCAGUUAUGGGUGCUAUUGUAAUUCAUUCAAUGAACUACAAGGAGAAUUGGUUGACUUUGUAAACGAUCCAAAGUCGAAGGGUACAAUUUUAAUGGCUUUUGGAACUAUUUUGCGUCUUGGUAAUGCUCCAGUUAAUAAGUUAGAAGCUUACGUGAAAGCUCUCAACAAUCUAACGAAUUAUAAUAUAAUUUGGGGUUGUACCGAUUGCCCACCGAUGAAAUUGGAAAAACACGUGCGUGUGAUGCCAUGGGUACCUCAAAUAGAUAUUUUACAUCAUCCCAAGACAAAACUGUUCAUCACUCAUGGUGGUUUGAAAAGCGUGAAAGAAGCAAUAUGCGCAGCGAUGCCUACACUUUUUAUGCCAGUAUUCGCAGAACAAGUUCGAAAUGCUUGGCUAGCUAAGCAACAUGGAUUUGGUCAAAUAAUUAAUCGUUUUAAUCUUACUGAUAAUUACUUGCUAGAAUUGAUCACUGAAAUGCUUAAUAAUAGUCCAUCAUACGUGAAGCAAGCACGGGAACUUUCGUUCACUGACAUGCCAAUAUCACCUCUCAAGGAGGCCUCUUUCCGGAUUUCUCACUUGAUCAAAUACGGCGGUCGCUUUCCUGAAUACUUUUAUAUACGAGCAGCCAAUUUCGGCUAUAUUAAAUAUUUGAAUUUAGAUUUUAUAUUAAUAAUUCCAGCUGUAAUUCUUUUCGUACUUACAUGUAAGUAA